UGGAGCGGGGCUCGCGCCGCCCCCCAGCUCCGCGCCGGCCGCCAUGGGGUCCGCGCCGCUGCCGCCGCCGCUCCCGCGGGCCGCCGCGCUGCUGCUGGCGGCCGCGCUGCUGCUGGCGGCCCCGGCGCGGCUCCGCGCCGCUCCCGAGGAAGAGCCCGGCAGGAAGAAGGAGCCGCCGCCGCCGCCGGCGGCGCAGGGAGCGGAGCCGCGGGCUGAGAAAGGCUCCUCCCUAGUUGCUCCAGUCCACAUUGUCAGUGAAGAGUCAGCUGACAAGACUAACCUGGGCUUUAUUCAUGCCUUUGUGGCUGCUAUAUCGGUCAUCAUCGUGUCGGAGCUGGGGGACAAGACCUUCUUCAUCGCGGCCAUCAUGGCCAUGCGCUACAACCGCCUGACGGUGCUGGCUGGGGCCAUGCUCGCCCUGGGGCUGAUGACGUGUUUGUCCGUUCUGUUUGGCUAUGCCACCACAGUUAUUCCUCGUGUGUACACAUACUAUGUGUCAACAGCACUGUUUGCAAUCUUUGGCAUCCGAAUGCUUCGGGAAGGCUUGAAAAUGAGUCCAGAUGAGGGGCAGGAAGAGCUGGAGGAAGUUCAAGCAGAAAUUAAAAAAAAAGAUGAGGAACUUCAGAGAACUAAACUGUUAAAUGGACCAGGAGAUGUGGAAUCUGGGCCAGGCACCACUAUACCUCAGAAGAAGUGGCUACACUUUAUUUCACCAAUCUUUGUUCAAGCUUUUACGUUAACAUUUUUAGCAGAAUGGGGCGAUCGUUCCCAAUUAACAACCAUAGUCUUGGCUGCCAGAGAGGACCCCUAUGGUGUGGCAGUAGGAGGAACAGUGGGACAUUGCCUAUGCACUGGUUUAGCAGUUAUUGGAGGAAGAAUGAUAGCACAAAAAAUUUCUGUUAGGACUGUGACAAUCAUAGGAGGAAUUGUCUUCUUAGCAUUUGCAUUUUCUGCACUAUUUAUAAGUCCAGACUCUGGUUUUUAAAAUUUUUCAGUGCUGUAAAAGAACAAGGAUUGGAAGCAUCAAGCAGUUAUCCUUGUGCAUUUUUGUAUAUAAUGUACAGAAUUAGUAGUUAAACAAGUGCUGGAGAUGAGACACUGAACUUUUUAUAGCAGAUGAUUCAUGGGACUGAUGCAUUUAUGGACAGCUUCUGCAGUGGAGAUCUGCUUAUUGUCUGGCUUGUUUGUGCUGUGGUGCCUGCUCCCAUGGUGGGAUUUGAGUGGUUUUCUCACUUGCUGGACCUGGCUCAGCUGAGUUCAAGGAUCUACUCUCCGAAGUAUUGAGAAUUCCUCUUUUCUUCCUCUGAUACACACAACCACAUUUCUGUUUUUUCAAGAGCUGAUUCUUCAGGCCUCUUGAAGCAGACUGUGUUAAGGAGAAAACUGCUGGCUCCCACCUCCAAAGAUGGUUCCAUGGUGCACCUGAGGCUGGAUAAUAUAAGCAACAAGAAACCUGGGAGCAGUCCCUAUGCCAUCCAGUGGCUGAGCCAAGCAAGAGAAUGUUAUAAACUUAAUUUAGAGGGAAAACUUCUUAAUCAGGGAUUUUUAUCAGGAAACUAAUGUGGGGUGAUUAACAGCCUACUGUGUUCAAUAUGCAAUCUGGCUGGAGCUAGUAUUACCUGACCUUUUUUUUUUUUUUUUUUUUUUUAAUAUUAAGGUAUACAGAAAGUAAUGAAGUGGUCCAACUUAACCAUGUUCUAUUCCCAGGACUGAGCAGUAAUGAAAUUCUUAGGUUUAGAUGUAUUCCUGAUUUUUCUUUUUAGGAAUAGAAAUGUAAUCUGGAAGAGUAUUAAUAAAACAUAGUGUCUCCAUUUGUGUUAUUUUCAGUUUGUUUUUGAUGGUUGUUAUGUUUGUUUGUUUUUGUGUUCUUUUGAACCAAACUUCAUAGCCAAAACCUGUACCCUCUUCUUUCCCACAGUCUGAGGACCCACACUGUCCAUGAUGAGUUUCAGCUCCUGUAGGGAGUGCAUUUGUAGCAGAGGUCAUGUGAAAACAGGGCAGGAACAGGGAUCUGCAGGGAGGAGCCUAAACUUCUAACUGUUCAUGGGACAACUGCUCCUGUUAAUCAGAAGUGGUGCUGCUGACAUUCAUACAGAUCCAUCCCAGGCAGGGUAACUGUGGUGCCACCUGAUUUUUCUUCUUAGGAGUAGAAAUGUAAUCGGGAGGAGGCACAGAAUUUUUUUCUCAAAAUCCAGAAAGCCAACCCAGUUUGCCAUGCUGUAAUUGUAGAAGAUUCCCAAAGUUUGUCUGCUGCUUAAUGCUAUUUUUGAUACAAAAAGUUAGGAUCACAGGAUCAACAGAAGGAAGCUCUUCAAGAGUUGUUUGUAGAGGUGAGUGUUAAGAUGCAGAACAACUCUCUGCAGCUUCCACAUCUAUAUUUUACUAUUACAAACUUACAGAGAUACCAAAUGCUGCUUUUGCCCAGUCAUAGCAAUGCAUUUGGCUGCUCCUAAAGACCAGCUAGGCAGGUUGGUUUGAAUAGUGCUGUUGAAGCAGCUUUUUGAUUUUUUUUUUAAGCACAAACAUUGACUUGUUGGAAGUUAGCAUGAAAUUACAUAGUUCAUGAAAUUUUAGUAAAAGCUUUGAAAGGUGCUUUAGUAGUUGCUACUAGUUAGUGAUUGUUGUUGAGUGCCUGUUGGAGUUCAUGGUUGAUGGGAUUUUUUAUCAGACUUGUUGUCAUUGUAGCACAUUGCCAGUGGAGAGGGAUGUGCUGCUGUUCUGUCUGAGAAUACCUGGAUACUUGAGACACAGGCAAUAUAGAGUGUAUGAACAUUUGUAUAUAAGGUAACCAGCUGAAGCCUUGAUUGCCACAAUCCUGUGCACUUCCUUGUUCUUUUGUAGCUAGAGAAUGUGAAAUGCAGUGAAUGAGAGCCCAAGUGUUGAAGGGAAGGCCAUGCAAACCAUUGUGUCUGCAACAUGGGAAAUGGGCAGCUGUCACCACAGGUCACCAUCCAUCCUGCAGCUCUCCCUGCUGGGGUGAGAUGCAGCUGAUUUCAGCUGCUGCCAAAGAACCCUGAAAGCAGAGUCUAAAGCAGGAAUUUACAGCUCUGACUGCACAAAGCAGAGGUUUGCAAGUGCACACUGCCAGCAAUUCCUCACUUCCAGGCAACAGAAGUAAAAUGGAGAUGACAGUCAGUUCUACUGGGAUGGAAAAUUCUUACAUCAGCUUGUGAUUGUUAUUUUCAAAGAUGCCUAUUCCCAAUCCUUGGGUAGAGCCUGUCAUUACUCUGUAUGUGGCAAAGCACAGUAAGCCAAGGCUGAGGCAAACUAAUCUUCCAUCCUGCCAGGACAAAGUUUUUCAAAGGAAACCUGUUGAAGUACAGGACCAGGUCACCAGCAAGCCUGAUCUUCCUAGGGCAGUGCCAGCAGGUGUGUGUGUGCUGGGCUGGUGCCUGGGCUUGCUGUUGUGAGACCUAUGAGUCAGACACCAAGUCUGAAAACCUGGAAGUGAGAGAGGGGCUGUGUUCCCUGCUGCCAUGCAGGCUGUCCCUCACCUCAGCCACCCAGCUCAGGCUGGCUCUGGAAUGCUGCCACCAGAUUCACAUGAACAGCUUUGUUUCUAGAAAGAGCUUGGUAGCUCAGUGUACUUCCAUGUUUGUCCCAGAUACUGUGUAUUUAAAAAACAAAAUCAGAUCUAGAAGCAAGAGGAUCAGACUGUUCCAUCCUAAUAUAAUCUGAGUUAUCCUCUCUUUCCAGAGCCAUGGAAAUAAUGAUGUAAUGGCACUUGCUGUACUGACAUGGCAUUUUUCUAGAGAUGGCCUUGUAUGGCCCCUGAAGUCAGCACUCUUGGCAAGUUACAGCUGCAGGCUUCUGCUAAUGGAGAUGCAGGGUCCAUUUCUGUAGCUUUUCCCACUAACCUGGGCACGUAGGAUAGCUGUGCUUUUCUUGGGCAUUACUUCCAUUACUUCCCAGGGGAGAAUGCAUUUGCCACGGUCUGACAGUGAUAACCGUGCCACAAAGAAUGCCAGUAAGCCUCUUGCUCUUGUAUGUUACUCCCAAAAAGCUGAAAUCUGGAAUUUAUAUCACUAAUGCCAGAGAGUCAGAAGUGCAUCUAACCUUUGGAUAACUAAUCUUUACAAGUACUUAACAGCUUCAUUCUCAUAUAAACAUGAGUUUUGCUUUCAAGCUUGCAUGGCAGCAAAAUGCCAUUUAACACAAUUGCUUCAGGUGUGGCAGCAGUUGUAAUUACCACUCUUCUUCAUGAUAAGUUUAUGGAAAAAUAUACUGCUAUUUCCAAAGUUCAAUUGUAAGAAAACUGACAGUCUUGCUUACUCCAUGCUUUCAGUCUUAUGGGUGGUGACAGUUCUUAAUUACAGCUACAGCACUUCUGCAGCUGAUUGUUUCACUCCUGGGCCACAGGGGCCUCAUGGCAUAUAGAAGUAAUAUACAACUUAGACAAGUAUUAAAUUCUCAAAGGCAAGAGAUCAGUAUCCUCCUCUGGGCAUCCAGUGUGAUAUUACAGAAAAAAAAAAGUACUUCAGACUGUAAAAAUGGCUAAGUGUAUUUAUCGUUUUCUCCAGGCAUUCAGUUUCAAUUACACAAUUUUCUUCCCACCCUCCUUUCCCUGAACAUUUAAUUCAUUUGGAAUUAUUAAUGUUUACACUUUGAUCAGUGAAAAGAGGGUCAGACCACCCUGACAGGUUACAUAUUAUCACGCAGCUCUUCCAGGCAGGAGCUACAAGCUCUCAACAAGUUGUGCUUGCAGCUAAAUGCAAGUCUCUGCUUCCUUGCUCAGUGGCACAGCCAGUAUUUCAGACCAUCUCUACUCCUUCAAAAAUACUAUUCUUUGACAUUUCACCAGCAGAAGAAAUACCCAGGGAGGGGAGUGGCACCAGUUUGAAGAGAGGGGUGUUUUUCCAUGACAAAAAGCGAGGAAGGGCUCUGCCCAUCCAAACCUGCUGCAGUGCUGCUCCAUCCUUUGCCAAGAACAGGGACUGCAGACAUGAAGGUACGAAAGCAGUUUUAAAUUGUGCACACUCAAUCUGCUGUGUGAGUAAAUUCCAAGGCAGUAAUGUAAAUACACAAAUCAGAGGUCUCUAGCCUUUAGAGUGGGGCAUCAGUUUAUAAAGAGAUACAGAGAGAAGACAAGGAAAAAAUACAGUAUGCAUUUUUACUGAAAUCUCACAAGUCAUUUGUCUGGGUAGGGGAGAGAAGAGAAAAGUGACAUCAAGCAACUUCUCACAAGUCAGUUCUGUGGGUGGGGGAGAGAGAGUGCCUUUGGUACAGUCGUGGGAAGGGUAAGAGCGCUUCACUGUGAAACUUGGAUAAAACUGACAUCAAGCAACUCAGAAAAAAACUUCUAGAACCUUAGAAGCUACAGAAAACAAAAUUUUAAACGAGUUACAUUUAUUCAGUUAAAAAAUUGACAGUUAGUAAUGGUCACAUGAACACCAGGGAACUGUAUCUACAUUUCCUGACGUCAAUAUGAACGGCACUAGGGUUUUUGUUUGUUUUCUUUUACGUAUAUAAAUCUAAUGCCAGUUAAAAAAAUACAAAACAAAACUGAAACCCAAGACACUGUGAAAUCAACACUGCUUAAAAACUCAAAAUUCAAUCUGAUAUAUUUGAAAAUAAAUAUUUUUUACCUUUCUUGUUAGAAAAAGACAACUCACCAACUGCUUUCAAAGCAGUUACAUCUUUAAGACCAUUCCCAAAAGUGUUUCAUAAAUAAUUACCCAUUGAUUGAUUGUCUAUUAAUGCAGCAUCUCUCAGUCAUAGCUGGGGUCUCUGUUAUUAGGCCAUAAAGUAUUUUUUUCAGACACAGUGUUUUGUUCCCCCCCCUUCCUUUUUAUUUUAGAUACACUUUCUUUGAAUAUAGCAUAUCAUGCUGGCAAAAUUCAUGCAGAUGGCAUAGCAUGAAGUAUCACAGAGUUUAAAAUCACCUGUUUAAAAUAGACAAAAAAAGAAAAAGACAAGGAAUGUAGUGUUAAAAAUCAUGGUAGUGAAAAAGCAACUACCCAGUCUCAUAGACGACCAAGACGAUUUCAAAUAUUCUCUCACAGUUGUCUCAUCUACUCUGAUUUGUUUAAAUAUGUCUUUUUUAAUCCAAAUUCAUUUCAUUCUCUUCAAUUUUUUUUCCACCAGGGAUAAGUAAAAAAAUAAAAGGUUAAUUAUUAAAACUAGUCUCUUUUCCCUUUUAAUCAAAAUAACCAUUUUCCAGCCCUCUGACUGUACAUCUAAUUUCAAUAGUUAUUUCAAAUAGAGAAGCUUAUGAAUCUGACACGUUUGACAUCUCCUGAUGCCUUGACAUUUAAAACACUCAUAACAAUACCUGGGUUAAAUCUCUGAAAAUAUAAAUGAUUUUUGAAUCAACUUUAACAUUUGAAAAAGGCCACAUCUUUAAACCUUCAGAAUAUUUUCACAAAAUUUAUAAUCCUAAGGGACACUUAGAAUUUUUGAGCAGGCAAAUGAGCCUCCAGAUGAUUCUCUCUCAUAGGCAACUGUGCAACUUAAAAAGCCUCCUUCCAAGGAAGCCCUCAUCACUAAUCUCUUCCCCUGGCCAUAUAAAACACAAAGGCAACCGGUUUUAGAAGCCUUUUUAAUCCUGCACUUUAAACCUCAAAGGAUCACCAUAAUAAAGAAACAUUUUCCAGAAAUGUCUCUCUUGACAGUUUUAUGUGUUAUUCCUUGAUGUGCCCCCUUUUUAACAGUUUCACCGACUAAAGAAAUAAACUGUUUUUCAAAUAGUCUUUUCAGUAAAGUGCUUGUUAUUACUCAAAAAAAAAAACCAAAAAAAAAACCAAAAAGAGAAA